CCUCUGUUAUCCACACAUUCACCUCCACUCCGUCCUCUAGAAAAACCUCAUCGCAGAAUACAGAGACGGAACAAGAAAAGCAAAUGGCUUCCUUGACCAUGGCUUCCUUCGCUCUCAGACUCCCCCAUCGUCCUCCCUCGCGCCUGGGGUCGGCCCGCCUCGCCCCGCUCAAUGCGGCGGCCAGCUCGCUGAAGCUCGGCUCCGUCCGCCGCAUCUCCGGGUUCCCCUCGCUCCAGUCCCGCGGAGUCGCCGCGGCCUCUCCCGUCGCUCGGAGCCCGAGGCCCCUCACCGUCGUCUCCGCGAAAGGCUACAAGAUGAAGACCCACAAGGCUUCGGCGAAGCGGUUCAGAGUGACGGGGAGAGGGAAGAUUGUGCGGAGGAGAGCUGGAAAGCAGCAUCUGCUGGGGAAGAAGAACACCAAAAGGAAGUUGCGGUUGUCGAAGUUGCACCCUGUCAACCGGAGUGACUAUGACAACGUCAUUGGUGCCUUGCCAUAUCUGAAAGUCAAUAGACUGGCAAAGUAGAGGAAUUUUUCUUUUUCUGAUGAAGGCGCUUUUGGUUUGUCUCCUGUAAUUGCUUCAUUCAUGCGGAACACAACUGCUUUCUGAUUGUUCCAUUACAGUUCAAGUCUAAUGAAGUUUAGUUUUACUAAUUCACAACAUGUUAUGAACGUAUGAGGAUGAACAGAUGGCAGCUUGUAUAAUGAGUACAGAUCCUAUAUCU